CUCUCUUCCUCUCUCCUUCUAUUUUUUUCCUUGAUCAUCUUCCUCUCUCCCUCUGUUUCUUUGGCCAACCAUGCAGCCAUUGCAGGGGUCACAUUUCUUCUCCCCAAGCCAUGGUUUCUGGUUUGCAGGAGUCAAUUGACACCCCUUGCCCCAGUGUGGAUCCGCCACCACACGUGCAGAAGAAGCACAACAUGAAGCUGAGUGUUGUGGCGGAGGAGGCUAUUUGUCCUGGUGCUAUUGCAGAGGAACGAUUUCUGCACAAUCAUGAAGAAUGCUUUAAAGCACAAACCCGGCCAAUUCUGAUGACACUUAAUCUCGUUGGUUGCAUGAGUCUUGCUCCCUGGGCAGAACCUGCAUCGUCAAGUUCAUUUGAGCCGGAGUCUCCCCCGAGGUAUUCGGAUUUGGAAGAGAUGUAUGAGGAUGAACUAUCAGUCUACCCUGGCUGUUUGACAACCUUGACUCUUCACCUCCUUUCUCUCCAGAAUCACCAAGUUUCCACACUGUUUCCUCUUUGUUUUCGGAGGACUGUGACUUCCAGUUGAUGUCAACACCAUAGCUUUCAAGAGAUUGAUUCCCCUCCAAUCUCCAAAAUACGUAUAGUGUGAGGGAGCAUAAAUUUGAACUUGAUUACGCAUUUGGAUGUUAUUGCUUGUUACAAGAUUAUGCAGUUA